GGUCGCUAUGAGUCGGAAUCAACUCGACGGCAGUGGGUUUGGUUUUUGGGUAACUUGAUCUAUUUGGUGAAUUUUUGUUGUUUCUUUUUUUAUCAUUGAUUUUUUUAGUGACUUAUUAAAAUUCUCCUUAAUUCUUGAGAUUAGCAUUUAUUUAGGAUCCUAAGGCAAAAAUUGUGACCUUGUCAGCAGAAUAAUACUAGGUGUUGACGUUCUGACACAACACCCCUUUUAAAUGGAUCAAGCCAAGACAGAAUGUUUGAAACAAUGGCAAUUGAGAUUGAACAGCUUUUGGCAAGGCUUACAGGAGUAAAUGAUAAAAUGGCAGAAUAUACCAACAGUGCAGGUGUCCCCUCCUUGAAUGCUGCGCUGAUGCAUACAUUACAGCGACAUAGAGACAUAUUGCAGGAUUAUACACAUGAAUACCAUAAAACCAAAGCAAACUUUAUGGCAAUACGGGAAAGGGAGAAUCUCAUGGGAUCAGUACGAAAGGAUAUUGAGUCAUAUAAAAGUGGGUCUGGGGUAAACAAUAGAAGAACUGAACUGUUUUUGAAAGAACACGACCACCUUCGAAACUCAGAUCGUCUAAUAGAAGAGACAAUAAGCAUUGCUAUGGCAACAAAAGAAAAUAUGACCUCACAGCGAGGAAUGUUGAAGUCAAUUCAGAGCAAAAUGAACACUUUGGCCAAUCGUUUUCCUGCUGUGAACAGCCUGAUCCAGCGGAUCAACCUUAGGAAGCGGCGAGACUCACUCAUCCUGGGUGGUGUUAUUGGUAUCUGUACCAUCCUGUUGCUGCUGUACGCUUUCCAUUGAUGGGACAUCUCCAGGACUCUGGGCAACCACCGCUUUUACACUCUGAUCUGGACUAAGGAAAAGUGGGAGGGAGAAGUUGACUGUCCUGUUAAUUAGCCUGACCAGCAGGAUUAAUUCAAGACUGAUAGUGAUGGACUCUGUGACAUGGUCAGAUAAAGCUGAAGCCACAGUUUUCCUGUGCAGUCUUUUCUAACACACACUUCUCCAUUUUUAGUUUUAAAAAAUAAAUUUUCAUUUCCUUCUGUCUCCCCGGGAGGUAAGUAAACCAAUCAGAAACAGUCCUUGUGCCUCCGUGCUAAUGUUGAAGCCUGAUGACAUGCUGAGUCUCACGGCUAGACUCUUCAGAGAACCAGGUUUCUCUAUAUUCAAAGGCUGCUUUUCUUUCAGCCACCAGAUGGGGUUAUGAAUAAAAAUAGCUCUUCUCUUUUUAUUUUACACUUAUGACAAGAAAUCACAAGUCAGUUCUUGAUAAUCUGUACUGUAGAUUUCUACUCUGUGUCCCCAAUUCUUCUGCUAUUCAAGGAAAAGUCUAUCUUUCGUGAAUUCUUUGAGAUGCUGACAGGCCAACUUCAGCAUGGCAGAAGUUGUCAGUUAAUGGAGGACAGACACUGCAAAAAGGCAUUUUUUGUUUUUUUGUUUUCUUUUUUAUUACGAGCACACUGGGGUUAACUAUCACUCAGAAACAUCAAGAGUGACAGAAUUUUUUUGUCAGUCACUGUUUUAAUUUUUUUAUUUCUUCCAUUGAAUUAAUAUUUGCUACUGCAAGAAAAUGAAAUUUCAGUUUUGCCAUGACAAAAGAGCCAGUGCCUGUCAGUGCCCCCUAACUAUUUCUCAUCAAGUCAAGAUUACCACUGAGACUGAGUGAGAGACUGCUCAGUUCUCAGUGAGAUCAGUUCCACAAGCAACGUGUAGAAGUUCAGUGAGAGGUCACCUUCUAGAUAACUUCAUUUGUAAAUGCUUCAUGAUUUAUGAGCAAAAGUUUAAGAACUACUGCCUGAUGUACCAGGAAUUCUGUGUUCUGUGAAACCAAUUCAUUCCAAACCUGUGAAACUUCAAACAGCAAAGAAUGGCUUCACUGUUGAAGGUACACGUGGCAGAAUCUGUUUCCAUCUGCACUUGACUUCUGUUACCAUCUCUGGACAGUGACAAAAUUUUCCACCAGCCGCCAGAAUUCUUUUCAGGUUUAACCAUUUUCUGAGUUUUUGGAAAUGUAUUACCUGUCUUGUCUAACUGAACUACCACAGAUGUUUGAAGACUUCCAGUAUCUACCUGCCUCACCAAGAAAGAAGGUUGCUCUUCAUGGUUGGAAUUUACUAUGGUAUUUAUAGGCUGCAAACUGCUAUAGGAAAUAAGAGGAUAUUUGCAUGUAAUUCUUAACAACAUCAUGUACGUAAAUGCUGUUGUUCAGAUGAACUUGAUAAAACAGGCUGAUGGUAGACUAACACCCGGUGUGAUACAGAGACUGCAGAGGGUUUUCAUUCUGGUGUCAAAGUUUUUGUUACAUUCUGGGUAUGAAGGGCAUUUGAUACAUAUUUUUUUUAAUUAUGGGGUUUAUUUUUCUAAAUAUGGGUUGAUCAGUUAGUUGACUGGGGACGAUGCCCUUAAAAGAAAGUUAAGUUUUCCCACUGUGAACCUUAAAGGGUCAGGGAAGUACGUUCAUUAAAUUCUCUGAUGAGAGAACGAAACUUCUCUCCCCUGACACUUUAUUAUCUUUGAUUUUUCAAAGGGCCUUGAUUGGUGGUUAUGCCUCAGCUAGAAUUUAUAGGGCUUUCGGUUGCUAUAUAGUAGGCAUUUAUAAAAUCUGAAGUAUCAUAAAUAAAGCUAUUUAAUUAUACUACCAGUCUUUUUUACUGGUCUGAUUAUUUGCUACAUUCGUUAAAGCUGAUUGUGAGGGUAAAACUAGGACACGAGCUAAUCUGGCUCGCUCCAGCUAAGCAGACAAUUUUGAUGGUUGAUGAGUCUUUCCAUUAGGAUUAUGCUUAUAUGAAGUAGUAGAAUUAUGUUGGUUAUUUUCUUUAUGGAAAUAAGAGACCAGUUCUUCCAAGGAAGUUGAAAAGCUUGAUGUAGAUGUUGGUGUCAGACAGGUCUGACUAACCUCCCAGCGCUGUAGCCCAUAAUGAGGUGAUCCAGGGCCAAAAGUAGAUAGUGAGGAUAGUGCUCUUCCGUUCCUCUUAGGGUUCCUUUAUUUGUAGAAAGAGACCCUAGAGCAAGGAGAUGGAGGCAUACGUACCAUUUACAGGAAGGGGCUCAGUUUGGAUCCCGUAGUAGCUGAUUUGAACACUCAAUUUCAUGCUAUUCAAGUUUUUUCUUUUUUUAAGCAUGUUGUUUUUCUCCCAUAUUUUGCUGUCUUCCUUACAGACCAGUUGCUAGGCUCAGGGGCCAACAGUAAGUUACUUGUUUAUAUAGUCAGAACCAGAGAUCAGAAGGAAUUCUCUAUUCCUGGUCCCAAAGAAAUGUUGCCUCUUAAAGGAAGUUAUUCUCCCUCAGCCAUUGUCUUAUAUAAUGAAUCUUUUCUUCUUGGAUCUUUUUAGUAAUCACUCAGAACUUCCCAUUUUACUAAAAAAUAUGAAAAACCAUGGCAACAGAAAGGACAGAAAAUUCCAAAAGGUGUAUUUUUGCUAUUUUGUUUUAAUGUGCACUGAUGACCUUAGUAAAAUGUUUAAUAAAUCUGUCACUCAAAUUCAAGCCCAGAUAUUCAGGUGCUUUAGUUCAUCCAUUCUGGCAAUCUCUACAUUCUUUUUUUAAAUUAUUAUUGAUGAUGCUGAAGAACUCCCUGUGACCGGCAUUGCUCACGGUUUGUGUGAUGUUAGAAAAGGGCCUUCCUUGUUUCACUGUUCCUCUCCUUUGUACCAAAAUUCACUUGUACAGAGAAUGCCUUCUUUCAUGCUGCCUGGUACUCAGAUCAGGCAUGGGAGUAAAACCCUGAGAAUGGAGGCAUGUGGUGAGAGGAGACCCCGUGAGGGCCUUUUUGUACCUAAAACCAGAUAAUAUUUAGUUUGUUCAUAUUGGAUGCUGAAUACAUCUUGAAUAGAAAAAUGUACUUAGUGAGCCUUUUGAUGUAAAUCAACCAGUGACUUUGGCCUCUAGGCAGUUGAGGCACCCUGGACUUGCAUUCCACCAUUAACUUCCUGUUUCUCUGUUAAAGACCUCAACCUGACAAAAACGACUGUAAAGAACUGGACUAGCCCUUUUGGUUUCUAAUACCUCAUGUUUGAUCAUUAACCAGGUGUGAUUUUUGGAAAUUGAUUGAGUUUUCUAACUUGAAAUAUUAAGCUGUUGGGGAUAAAUAGCCAUGUCUGACAUUACGCUGAAUUCUGUGGCAGAUGUAACUAAAGAACAAAUGGAUUCUACUACUCAGAAAGUUACGGUGAUUGUGUUUCCCUCUCCUGUUGAGUUUGGAGUUAUUUAGCCCAGUCUCCAAAAAGAUGCAGAGCUUUUCAUCAUGGUCUUAAUAAAUUAAUCUUGUUAUUCCUUUAUAAAUCUGCAAACCCUUAAGUUUUAUAAGGGAAAAGGAAAUGAGGAAGGAACGAGUGUUUUUUAGGAUAAGAAGUUGAGACAAAGCUGAGCCAUGUUUUGAGGGACCUUUCUCAUUUUCUUUGUACCUAAGAUCUCACUUUAGUAUCAAAAUAUUUACAUCCAUUCCCAUCCUGGUAGCUCCUAGAGAGGGAGAGAGAUCAAUCCCAAUCACUUUACCAUGAUGGAAGAUGUUUCCUCAUGAAAAAUGCCAAUACAGAUUUUUUUAAUCUAUUCUUUUCCAAAUGCACUUUCUAAUUUUUUGCUUUUAAAAUAGCUUCUGGAACCAAUUUUAUUGUAUUUGUACUUAAUUUUGUUCUCAUCUAAUGUGCAUUUUUCUGACUGUAUAGAAGAAGCUUUGUUAUGUAAUUUAAUAAUAAAUUAGAAAUCUAAAUGGUUGUGCCUGUAGUUGUUUAUGUUAGAAUAUUGGAACAGUAACCAGUGAGGCAGUUUGCGAAUCCAAACCAAGCCCGCGGCCGCGGAGUUGAUUCUGACUCCUGGCGACCCUACAGGACAGAGUAGAACUGUCCCAUAGAGUUUCCAAGGAUGUAAUCUUUACUGAAGCAGACGGCCACGUCUUCCUCCUGUGGAGGGGCUUCUGGGUUCGAACUGCCGACCUUUUGGUUAACAGCCGAGUGCUUAAGCACUGAGCCACUAGGGCACCUUAAUUUGACAAUAGUGAUUAUGAAAUCGUUGCUGAUAAAUAUUUCUCUUGAUGUCCUAAGACCCAGAAUAGAACAGUAUAGGUGCUAAAAAGCUGUCACCUAUCGUUUUAAAAACAUCAUAAAAACAUUCCACUAAUAUUUUAGCCCAAAAUGUGAAGGAGAAUCUCUUAUCUUGAAAUUUCAAGAGGAAUGAUAGUAUCUAAAAUUAUAGAAUUUAGCAAGAAAAACAGGUUCUCAUCCUCCCUAAAUAAUGUUGUUUUUAUCCUGGGAUCAGAGCUUGAUAUUCUACCCCGCCAGAGAAUUUGGAUAAACCUCAUUUCCCAUUACUUCUCCAACUGUUCUUAUUCAUGUUCUCUUCACCCCUUUUUUAAAAUAACAGCAUAAUUGAGAUAAAGAGAGUGUGAGAGCCUGACAAAGCAAAUCACCAGAUAUCCUCAACUAGUGGCAUCUGAACUAAGUUGGUGGUGUGUUUCCUUUCCAUGUGAAAAGGCUUUGACGGGGGGGGCCCCCUCCCAUUUACUCUGGCCUUUCAUUGCAAAAAGAUCUGACACUGCCUCAACACACCCACAUCUGAUCUCAGAGGUGCCUGGAAGUAAACAAACAGGUGACUGGAGAAUCUCACUGAAGCCAGAGUGCUGUUUGCUGUCAGGACAUUUCCUCUUCCUAAAGCAAAAGCCAGGAGAAGAACCCGUAUCUUCCUUCUGAAGAUUCCGGAUUUGUGCGACUGGGUUGGAGCAGAGAGGAAUACGCUUUAACCCGACGACUUUGGCUCAGCCAGGCUUGGCUGAGAUUUCCCAACCUCGGCAGAGCUGCUCACCUUGCAAAGCAGUGUUUUGUUUUUAACCCUCUGAAGAUACUUAACAGCUAAAAGGAUUGAGUGCUGAAAAGUCUGCAGUUCAGCUUAGAAGAAUU